AUGUUUAAAGGUACUUAUAUUCUAAACCGUUUUAUAGUGACUCCUCCUAAUUAUAAAUCACUUCAUUUAAAUUCUUAUUCAUCAUCUUUAGCUAAUAAUAAUAAUGGUCGGUCAGCGUAUGUUUAUGAUGAUAACGUGAAUGAUGCCUUGAAAUCGUUUGAUGUAAUGAUACACCAACGGCCCGUUCCCUCUGUAGUUAGGUUUACUGGAUUGUUACAUCAUGUCGUUACCCAGCUAAAACAUUAUUCCUGUUCCCUCGAUCUUUUUAAGCAAAUAUGUGCAUUUGGUUUCCCUGUUAACAAGUACACUUCAGGUAUAGCCGUAAAAUGUUAUUGUCGAUUGCGUCGCUCAAAACACGGCCUUACAGUCAUGGGCUUUUGCUUCAAACAAGGUGUGGAACCUCAUGUCUCCAUUUGCAAUACGCUCCUAAAAGGGUUCAUUCGGGAACAAAUGACUUAUGAGGCAGAGCACUUGUUUCGUCUCAUGAACAGACGCCAACUAUGUGAACCUAAUUUAGCCACCUACAAGAUUAUUAUUGAAGGACUUGGUAAGGUCGGCUCUCAUUAUGCUGCCACUGGUUUGCUUAGGGUUCUCCAUCAUCGGAGAUUGAAGGUUGAUGUGGUCGCGUAUAACAUGAUCUUUGAUAGUCUUUGCAAAGACGUAGUAGUGAUAGAUGAUGUUUUCAAGCUCUUUAAAGAAAUGGUUCGUCACAAAGACAUCACACCAAACGUACACACAUACAACUCUUUGAUUUAUAACCUUUCUAAGCUAGGCCGUUGGGACGAGGUCGGCAAGAUACUAAAACAAAUGGAGGAGGCAAACAUCUGUCCGGAAGUCAAGACUUUCAAUAUCAUUGUUGAUGCACUUUGCAAAAAACUUAAAAUAACUGAAGCAGAUAUUGUGAUCAAGAUCAUGGAGGAGACCGAUGGUAAGUAUUGUCCUGACAUAGUCACCUACAAUUCACUUAUCGAGGCUUACGGUUGGAGUUAUGAUAUGUGGGAAGCGAGGAGAGUUUUUGAUUCAUUGGCCUCCAAAAACAUCAAACCAAAUAGUGUUACCUACAACAAAAUGAUGCUUGGGUACAUCUUGGAUGCAAAUGUUUAUAAGUUUUUGGAAUUCUACAAUAUGUCAUAUGAUGGUCGACUUGAUGACUCGGUGUGGUUUUUUACAUGCACAAAUUUUUAUAUAGAAAGGUUAAUGUUAGGCAAGUAUAAGGAUGCAAUUGCUUUGUUCCAUCUGAUGGAUGGGCACGGGGUGAAUUUCAAUGUUGAUGCGCACAUUACCCUCAUUCGUCGUGCAAUCAGACGCCGGAAGUUUGAUGAUGCGAGGCGUCUUUUUCAUGACCUACUUUAUGCAGACAUAAGACCGCCUCAAUGUAAACGUGAAGCGAUAGCAUUUAAAGUUCAACAUGGAGAUCUGGACAGAGUAUCACGACAUCUUAUUGUGUUCAUGACUCCAACAUUGGCUCACAUGAGUACACCCAACCUUGAUCUGUUUAUCAUGGAGAGGACUGUACGUUUGACUGAAAAACUGUUAACAUCGACACAGCUUGUCGAGAAUGUCACGAGAUCGACCUAA